AACAUGUCCCUUUUACGAGUACUCCUCGCCCCUCUUUUCUGGCUCAGAGCCAUUUUCUUCGUGUUCAACAUCUUCUUCGCCAGUAUCCUUCACACUCUCACAUUAAUACCUAUCUACCCUCUAAAGUUUAUAUCUCCUACAUUAUAUGUUACGAUUGAGUGUUUCCUACAUUCCAAGGCGGGAGAAACCUUCAUACCAGUAUUCACACUAUUUCCCAAAUUAAAAAUAUAUAGUGAUACGUUAUCAGAUUUAGAGCCCAUAACCAGAAAGCGUGCCAUGAUGAUGGUGAAUCACCAGGAUAGUGGAGAUGUUCCUAUGAUGAUGUGUAUAGGAGCCUACUUUGGUUUAGCUCACACCACAACGUGGAUUGUAGACGAGAUGUUUAAGUGGACCCCAUUUGGUGUUCCCUCUCAGUGGCACAAUGAUUUCUUUUCAAGAGAGGGAAAUAAAGAAGUCGUUGUCAAGCGUCUUAAACAGCAUUUUAGCACUACUUACUUCGACAGAGGGCUCAAAUGGUUGAUAUUUUUCCCGGAGGGGGGCUACCUAAAGAACCGAGGGGAGCGGGCCCGUAACUGGGCAGCUCGCAACAACCUGCCAGUCCUUUAUAACUGUGUACUUCCAAGAACUACCGCCUUCAUUGCCAUUACUCAAGCGUUCAGAGGAGAAGUUAAAGCAAUACCAGAGCAAGUAGAAGAUAUAGUGGACGUGACACUCUUCUACAAGGGACCCAGAGAUUUGUGCAUGACAGAUAUACUAAUGGGAUCCUAUUUGGACACCGAGGUGUAUGCUCAUUUCAGGACUUAUAAGAUGUGCGACCUUCCCAAAGAAGAGUUGGAGCUUCAGACAUGGCUGUACGACCGGUAUCAGGAAAAAGAGGAUAUGAUAACCAGAUUUAAAGAAAACGGAGAAUUCAAAGAGGGAAAUAGUUUCUCUCAAAUACAUCAGUCGCCCGGAAGACUGCUGGGAUCUCUGGUAUUUUGGUACAUUACUGCUUUCUUUGUUUACGACCUUUACAAGACCAUGUUUCGUCAUCUCCUCUCUAUUACUAGCGGGUUUCUGUAGGCAACUCCGGAUUUUUAACAAGCCCAGUCUUCCCUAACCAGAGGAGCAUUUUAAAGUGGUAAAUUGUGGUCUCCCGCACACACAAAGUGGUAAAUUUUGGUCCCCACCUUCACACAGACGAAAGUAGCCGUAUCGGCAGAGUGUGACUAUGUGUUGACUGCUAAACGUCAGCUGACUCAGAACAUGUGACUCUGUUGUCUGUACUAUUUUUUAAUUUAAAAAACACUAUGUCAGAUUCAGGGCAGGAACCGAAAGUGCCCAAUUUCACGACAAAAUGUGACAAGAUUUGACAAUAUAAUACGACAAUAUACGACAAUAUACGACAAUACAUGACAAGAUGUAACAAGAUUCGACAAUAAACGACAAGAUUUUACAAUAUACGACAAUAUAAUAUGACAAUAUAUGACAAGAUUUGACAAUAUAUGACAAUAUAUGACAAUAUACGACAAUAUAUGACAAUAUACGACAAGAUUGACAAAAUGUGACAAACCGUGGGAAAAUGGGCACUCUCGGUUCCUGCCCCAUUCAAGAUGAUAUGUGACUUUUUAUUACUUUUGUAGUGCACGGAAUAUUUAUUGGGCAUCAGUUAUCAAACGUUAAGGAUCGUUCACAAGUUACGUAAUCCAUUUAUGGGCCAUUUCAGACCCUUCCCCCUCCGUAAGACAAGUAAUACAUCUAGCCUCUCCUAGGGUGGCUUACGUAGUAAGUGAAUGAUCGGAACGCUUUUUUGUCGGUAAAGAUAAUAAUCAGAGAAAUUUUUAAUCAGUAAAUUAUCUCCCUAACCAACUUUUAAAUCCAAUAAGUUUAAUUUCAAAGAUUUUACGGUGGUUAGGAUCGUUUAAGUCGACUGUGAUAUUGAAACUGAGAUUCGCAUUUACCCAAUAAUGAAUAAUGGAAGAAACCUUUAUAUGUAGCAUGCGUUAUGUGAUAACAUUUAGUAAAUACUCAGUAUAUAUUAAACAUUGCGACAAAACCGAAAAUACCGUAACUUGAAUAUUGUAUAUUGUUUGGGAUCCCCAUCAUUUGGAAUUUAAUAAUGGGACAGUCUAAAGCUUUCAAUGCAGUUUUAAAUGUUAAAUAUUGAUCGUUUGUUAACCAUUCUAUAAUAAUUCGAAAGUA